AUGGGGUCUUUGAUCAAGCUAUUAGACUCCGAGCAUUCCCAUUCUCACUUUGAGAUAAGGCAAGAAAGUGGCUACUUUCUCAACCAGCUAGAACAUUCACCACCUGAGAGGAUCUUUCACAAGCCUUCCCAAAGACUAUCUCAAAUUCCAUCUUAUGCAAAAUUUUUAAAGGAAAUUCUUUUCAAGAAAAGAAGGUUGGAAGACUAUGAGACAGUGGCUUUAAUAGAGGAAUGCAGCACCAUCUUGCAAAACAAGCUACCUUCAAAGUUAAAAGAUCCUGGAAGCUUCUCUAUAUCAUGCCUCAAUAGUAAUAUGAACAUCGAUAAAGCCCUUUGUGAUCUGGGAGCUAACAGGUCUGUCAAGUAUCCAGUUGGCAUCUUGGAGAACAUCCCUAUCAAAGUAGGAAAAUUCUUCAUUCCUAUAGAUUUUAUUAUCCUGGAGAUGGAAGAAGAUGUUCAGAUUCUCAUACUAUUGGGAAGGCCUUUCUUGGCAACUGCUGGAGCGAUUAUAAAUGUCAAAAACGGGCGGUUAACUCUCAAAGUGGGAGAUGAAGAAGUGGAAUUCAACCUGUGUAGAACAAUGAAGUAUAAAUCUGAAUCUGAUAAAUGUUCAAGGGUUGACAUUAUAGACAAGCUAGUAGAGGAGGAGUUUUAA